AUGUCCGCACCAGUGACAGGUCUACCGGCGGUUAAACUCCCUACUGCCCCCUCGCCAAUUACACCUGAACAACGAUAUUGGAAGGGCUUUCGCUCCCAGCAACUCAUACCAUCACCAACGAAUUAUCCCAUUACGCACAUAUCGUUCCCUCCUCCACCAACAAACGCUCUAUCACCCUCCGGCAAUGAUUACUUCUGUGUUACUACUGGUACUCGACUUCAGAUCUACUCAAUUCGCACACGAAAAUUAGUAAAGACUAUUACUCGGUUCUCAGAUGUUGCGCAUAGUGGAGAGAUUCGACGAGAUGGACGUGUUAUGGUGGCAGGUGAUGAAACGGGAAAGAUACAGGUUUUUGACGUGAAUUCAAGAGCUAUCUUAAAAACUUGGGAAGAACACAAGCAGCCAGUUUGGACCACAAAGUUUUCGCCAACAGAAUUGACAACUCUCAUGAGUGCUAGUGACGAUAGAACUGUUAAGCUAUGGGAUCUGCCAAGUCAAGAAAGUACAACUACUUUCACUGGACAUACCGAUUAUGUUAGAAGUGGUGCUUUCAUGCCUGGAUCGAUGUCGAAUAUGAUCUUGACUGGUAGUUACGAUGAGACUGUCAGAUUAUGGGAUCCUAGAGUUCCAGCCAGAGCAGCCAUGACCUUUAAGCAUGCUGCACCAAUUGAGACUGUACUUCCCAUGCCUUCAGGAACAACCGUUCUUGCUGCAGCUGAUAACCAAAUCUCUGUCCUUGAUUUGGUUGCUGGAAAGCCAUUGCACAUCAUCAAGAACCAUCAGAAGACUGUCACUUCAUUGUGCCUCGCAUCAAAUGCUACUAGACUGGUUAGUGGUGGCUUGGAUGGCCAUGUCAAGGUUUUCGAAACCACAGGAUGGAAUGUCGUAACUGGACUUAAAUACUCAGCUCCUGUUUUGUCGGUCAAUGUUGUUAGCUCUGGUGCCAAUCGCGAGGACAAGCAUUUGGUUGUAGGUAUGCAGUCUGGUGUCUUAUCCAUCAAAACACGACUAUCAGGCCAGCAAAAGGUGAAAGAAAGAGAAAGAGCGAAAGAGAUGCAAGCCUUGCUCGACGGUACAUUAGAGGAAUACGAUAAGAAGAACAAGAAGAGAAAACACACUAGCGGAGUAGAAAAGAGACUCAGAGGAAUGGAUUUCAUGGGAGAAGGAGCAGAUGUGGUGAUCGAGGGUAAUGCGCGUUCAACAAAGCGAAAGGCCCCAGAAUGGGAGCGCGAACUCCAACUCGGUCGAUAUCAUCAAGCCCUAGAUUGUGUACUCCAGAAAGGUCUUCCGGCAGUCACUGUUCUCACACUUCUCACAGCUCUUCGACAUAGAAGUGCCAUGCGAGCAGCAUUCGAAAAGCGUGACGAGACUACGAUACAACCAAUUUUCAAAUGGGUAUCAAAACAUAUCACCGAUCCUCGAUAUGUCCCAAUAUGUACUGAUGCUGCUAUGCUGCUUUUGGACAUAUACGCAGAGUACACCUCUGAAUCUCCAGAAUUAGAACGCCAAAUCAGGUUCUUACAUAGACGUGUGAGGGCAGAAGUAGAAAGGUCACAAAAGGCUAUGCAAGUCAAGGUUUUCUCAAAUUUGAAAAGGACUUCGUCUAUUCUCCUCGCAAAACCAAAUUCACGUCAUCACGCAUUUGCGAGCGCCAGGGACAUCCUUCCAAUAGACCCACCCAAAAGUACCUACACCGGCGAUGGAAGACCUAAUCGUAGCAGCACAACAAAAACGCGAUCGCAAGUCACUUCGCAAAAACCAUCCAAAGCCCAAACAAUCCCUCAAUCUACCUUUCAUCAACCUUUCCGUCAUGGGUCGAAGAAAUCAAAUUCUUCAACUGUUACAGGAAGUUCGACUUUGAAAUCUGCGAGACCAGAUGGCUUAAAUAGACAAAAUAGUGUGCAAACGAGAUAUAUGAAUAUGCUUCUUUCUCUUGACACCAUUCCCCGGAUCCUCCUGGCCGGUUUCAUAAUCUUCCCCGGCACAUUCACAUCACUCCAAUCUCUUCCCUCUUCGUCCCUUCCCUCCGAUCUCCCAGAUGCAACCACCCAACAUAUUCUCCACGCAGCGAAAAAUAUUCCUCUUCUCUGGAUCGCAAGUUUCAGCUGUGGUAUUGGUGCAAUGGGUAUGCUAUGGCUGUGGCAUACACAUCGACGAAACUACGUGUGGCUUUUGAAUAAAAUAUUCUUGCCAGGUUGUCUAAACAGUGUUGCGGGGUUUGUGGGGACGCUGGUGGGGGUUUAUGGUCAGCAGAAGGGAGCGUGGAGUAUUACUGCUAGGGUCACUGCAAUAGUUACCGCCACCAUUGCGUGCAUAACGGGUAUUCUGUUUGUUUUCUAUAAUUUCUGGUCGCUGAGAAGGGUAAAAAGUACACAUGCGAGAGAAAUGAAGAGUUUUGACGAGGGGUUUGUAGAGAAGAUUAAGAGAAAGAAGGAUGAGCCGGCGUUGGAGCCGGGAAGUGUUGUUUAG